ACGAAUUUGUGGCUGGGUGUGGUUCCCAGUACCCAGUGCGUUUCUGGGGACGCCAUCAUCCCUAAUUUUGUUUAUAUAUGUAUUUGGGGGUUUUUUUGUAAGAGAAGAAGGCAAGGUCUGAACGCAGUCAAAAAUGGAGGAUGCUUUGGGACUUCUCAGGAUUCGUGUCCGCAAAGGAGUGAAUCUCGCCGUUCGCGACACCCGUUCCAGUGAUCCUUACGUUGUCGUCAAAUGUGGUCCUCAGAGUGUGAAGACUAAAGUGGUGAAGGACACCUGCAACCCGAUUUGGAAUGAAGAGCUAACUAUUUACAUCAAGGAUCCUAACGACCCGAUCCUUCUACAUGUCUAUGACAAGGAUACAUUUACCGGAGAUGAUGGUAUGGGGGACGCGCAGAUAGACCUCAAACCGUAUGUAGAAUGGCUGAAGAUGGGAUUGCAAGGUCUUCUAGAAGGUUCUGUGGUUGAAAAAGUACAGCCGAGCAGCGACAAUUGCCUAGCCAGCGAGAGCUCGAUCGUGUGGCGUAAUGGCAAAUUGGUUCAAGACAUGUUUCUGAGGUUGAGAAAUGUCGAAUGUGGCGAGGUUGAGGUUCAGAUCGAGUGGUUCGAUCUUCCGGGUAGUCGAGGUCUCAGAGGAUAAGAAUGUUCAGGACGAGGCCGAGUCCCUUGUACUUCUGAAUGCGAUCGUUGUAAUAAUAAUAAUGUGAUUAUUCUGUUUGCCUGUGCUGUA